UUCUAAGUUUACAAAGUGAAAAAAAGGUGGGCACCUCACAAGUCUCUUCUUCACAAUAAUAUCAGCUGUCUGUGUUGUUUUUGCAAGUCUUCUCUAUUUCUUGCUGAGAUCUAGAGACAAAUCCCUAAAACUAAUAAGCAAAAAUGGCGGAAGAGAAGGAUCCCACUUCUAUACCACUAAGUCAAGCUUCUGAAGAUCCUGAAGACGCCAUCAAAUCUACUCCUGCUUCACCCAAUUCUUCUACCCGCAAGGCUUGCUGUUAUUUUCUUCAAAGUUGGGUAUCUAAGAAGUUUAUGACUGGAUGUGUGGUUCUCUUCCCUGUGGCGGUUACAUUCUUUGUGACAUGGUGGUUUAUUCAGUUUGUUGAUGGUUUCUUCAGUCCACUAUAUGAACAACUUGGCAUUGACAUAUUUGGACUAGGAUUUGUCACAUCUCUUGUUUUUGUAUUCUUAGUUGGAAUUUUUGUUUCAUCUUGGCUGGGUGCUACUGUUUUUUGGAUUGGGGAAUGGAUUAUUAAGCGAAUGCCAUUUGUCAGACACUUAUAUUCGGCUUCAAAGCAGAUCAGUUCUGCAGUGUCUCCAGAUCAAAACACCACUGCUUUUAAGGAAGUGGCAAUCAUUCGUCAUCCCCGUGUGGGUGAAUAUGCUUUUGGUUUUAUAACAUCAUCAGUUACCCUUCAGACGGAUGAAGGGGAUGAAGAAUUGUAUAGUGUUUUUGUCCCUACAAACCAUUUGUACAUUGGUGAUGUACUCUUGGUUAACGCCAAUGAUGUCAUAAGACCAAACAUGUCCAUCCGUGAAGGCAUUGAGAUCAUUGUUUCUGGAGGAAUGACCAUGCCUCAAAGGAUCUCUCAUGUGGCAAGAGUUGCGAGACAAAGUGAAAGAAUUCCACUGAACAGAAUUAAGUAAAAAUAGUGAUGAACAUGACAAUGUAGGACUGUUUGUAAUUAGUCAAGGAGGGAAACAAAAAUCAUAUAUACAUUGCUGUAAUUUUUCGGAUCGAUCCGAUGCUCUUCGAUAUGUUGUAUUAUGUCUUUCUUCUCAAGAUACAGUAAAGUUCUUGUUGAAGGUGUUUAAAUUCAUGUCCA